UGUAGUCGUGGAUCAUGUGGGGGACUGUUCUUAUUCUGUGUGUACUAUCAGCGAUAGGGUUUUCAAUCCACAUUGAAAAAUUAACUUGAUUACUUAAGAUCAAUAACCCAAACUGAUUACAUACUUCCACACUAAUGUAAACAUGAUACGAUUCAUUAAGAAUAUUUUUUUACGUGCUCAGCUGGUGAUGGGUAACUGUGCAUAGUGUGUCUUCUCAGCGAGUCUUCCAUGGCCCUGAUGUUGUUCUAGGUCUGCCCCGAAUCAAAGUAACCUCCAUUAUCGGUAACUAGACCCUGAAACUUGAACUUGUAUGUGUUCCUGGGUGAAGACUGAACUGUUAUGCCCACAUCUUCAAUUAUAUCUAUGACAUUACGCUGGUAACAUUGAUAGCGGGUGGGUUAAGUGACUUUAUAAUAUGUAACUAGACCCCAAAGAGUAUAACAUGGCAUCUGAAUCUGCCGAGUGCUUCCCAGUAAUUUCUCGAAGGUCAACAUGUUUUUAAACUCUCCUACCUAUAUCUUAGGCGAGAUGUUCCACACUUCCACGAUAUGCAGUGUGGAUUUCUGGCCUUCUAAACAUUUAUCUUAUAUUAGGGGAAGCAGAAUCACGUAUUUACUACAUCAUACAUAUAUAAUAACUUCACCACUGACAACGUAAACAUAGCUGCGACUGUCAUAAAAGAAGGUUACGACUGCUUGUAAAGGUAAUGACUACUUGUGAAGGAAACUACGGAUACCGCUGAAUGAAACUUCUGAAGUAAACUCCGAAUACCGUUGAAAGAAACUUCUGAAGUAAACUACGAAUACCGUUGAAAGAAACUACGACUGUCCAUGAAGGAAACUACGAUUACCCUUGAAGGAGGUUACGAUCAACUUCAUCGUGAUGGAGGGACCUGAUGUGCGGGAGGGGGCUGUAGGUCACCACUGGGUCAGGGUGGAGUGGGGUGACCCAGAUGAGUGUGACCUCAGCGUCAGUUCAGAUGGCGAUGGACCCCAGGCUGACCCCGGUGAUGCCUCCUCUACCGAUGCAGCCUCCCCCCGGGGUGGUGAAGGCGGUGUUAAUGACUCCUACGAGGACUACCUGGAGUUGGCGUACGCAAAGGAGGUGGAGCCCGACACCUACUUGCAAGACGAGGAUGGGCUGGAGGAAGGUCCUCUUGAGGAGGAGAUAGAUAGGACCGAGGUCUUCCCAGAACGACCCACUCAGGUGUACACGGCCCAGCUCCUGAGUCCCAGGACCGGCUGGACCACUGUAUACAGAGGCAGCGGGCGAAGCUGUUUGGUAGAUGGUCUGGCGCCAGCACAGGUGACCAAGGUUCGUGUUUGUCUCACCGAGGAGGACCUCACCUCUCCCUGGACCACCCUCACCAUCAAGACCAAGAGUUUGCCAAGCAGCGGGCAGGACCUGGUGGAGGCAGUGCAGGAGAAUAACGCCACGCUGGUCAGGGACGUGUUGGCUGACCUCCUUAAGUUCUCCCAGAUGGAGCGUAUAGACCACGUGGUGGAGGCAGGCCAUACGGCACUAGUGGCGGCGGUGAAGGGUGGGUCACGUGACGCCCUAGCCGUGUUGGUGGAGCGGCGGGCCGCUGUGGGCGUCCCUACUGCUGGGCCGCACCUCGCUCCCCUCACCCUAGCCGCCUGGUUGGGCCGCAUCGACCUUGCCCGCAGGCUACGUGCCGCAGGAGCCAGUUGGAACUAUACCGACAGGAACGGACUGACGGCGCUACACUACGGGGUGGCGGGUCAUCAGCUGGAGGUGGUGAAGGCGGCGUUGCAGGAUGGGGCUGACGCUACCCUGUCAGCUGCUGGCCACUCCACCCUUGCCCUCGCCCUCACCACUGCCUAUACGCGUCUCGUCUCCGCCAGGUGGACUCGAGAGGAAAUGGAGGAAGAGGCGACGAAGAUGUUGGAGGCGCUGGUGGAGGGAGGUGCCGAGGUGAACCAGCGAGGUACUGGAGGGAACACUGCUCUACACGUGGCCCUCACCCUGGGCUUGGCACACCUGGCGCGGAAACUCGUCAGUGUGGGAGGUGACGCCCACCUAAUGAACGGACGCGGAUACACGCCCACACACCUGGCACAUCUCUCUGGGCACUCUCUGGAUCAGCCCACUCCUAGAGACGAAGACAGGCCGCCAAUGGGCGAACUGGAGGCCCUCACACACCUCACGGACGACGAAACCCACUUCGUGAAGCACUGGAAGCAGUCGUAAUGAACGUUCCUGUCUCACUCAUAGAUUAAAAACAUUAAGUUCUUUAUGUACAGUACAUCAGGCUCAUUCUGUCACCAAACACACUCUCUCCUUCCCUUCACCAACGUUACAUUAAUUUCCGUGCUGUAUGUGUUACGUCACUACGCGGCUACACCAUCAUAAACACACAUUUAUAUACUAUUAUAAGAUCAGCAUGUUCCUGUAGUAAAUAUAAGUAUUAAAAUUAAUAUUAUUCAUCAGAUUAUAUUAUAGAUUAUAUGACUGGCUGUAGCUCGCUGAAUGAAAUAAAAUAAUAAUUCGA